AUGAAAAUAAAAUACGAUAGGCGAUUGCAACAGCAAUCAGGCCCAGGAGGUGCAGGUUCAAGACGACCCCUCAGUCCUGGAGGAGGAAGCGACUCAGAAGACUCGGAUAUAUCUCUCGGCGGAACUUCGCCACCCUCGCCCUCUUCAACUCCGCCAUCGCAGUCCCACCACCAGCCUUCGCCAGUUUCCUUGGGUCCGGUGGCGCCUCUUCCACCCCCGGGCCUCGGAUUCAGGUACGACCCGACGCAGACCCAGCUUCGGUUCAACCACAUGACCGCCUUCAAGUUUCCACCGACGGGGUUCAGAUUUGAACCCCACAGUCCGCAGCACAACCACCCCGCGAUUCCGAACGCAGGAGGAAUCUUCCGACUGACCGAGACCAGUCCUUUCCAAGCCGUCGGGCCCAGGGGCGAUCUCGGCUCGAGAUUACCAGACCCACUGGGCUUGCCACCACCUCGACUGCACCCGCACGAGGGGCUCCUCCACCAUCCUCACCACCCACAGCACCAGCUGCCAGAAGGAAUCUCCCGACUGUCUUCCGAGGGAUCUCGUCUGUCUGACGGCGGAAUCUCUCGUCUCUCGGACAGUCUGAGCGAGGCACACAGUCCUCCACUGGUGGCAACCAACCUCUCGGUAACAGGCCCGCUAAGAGUCGCAGUUCCGAGUCCACACACGCCCUCGUCCCGCGGAAGUCCACCCUCGAACCACCAGACACCUUCGUCUCAGCUACAGAACCAGCCAUCUUCCGCUCCGGCGGCUACCCAGGGACUGAUCCGCGUGGUGACUCCUCCGACGCAAAGCAAUCCGCCGAAACCGCCACAAAUUCACAGGCCAUUCUCACCCGCGUGA